AUGCCGAACCCCUUCGACUCAAAAACAGAUAAAUCCAGUGUAAACCCUCCGAAGGGUUACAAAUUACACCCCGACCAUGUUCACUUCCAAAAGUAUCUUCAGCCACAACACCCCAUUUGGAAGAGUGAGAAAUCACUUCGUUCUUUUCAAGCUGAGAUAGGGUUCUACCUCCAGCCCUGGUGGCAUGCAGAGCCGAAGUAUCUUCCUCAGCAUGCUGAAAAGCUAGGUCUUCGGGAAGCUACCCCGAAACAAAUGAAGGAAGAGGGUAUUCGGGCGAUUACUAGAGGGUCACGAUGCUAUUCGGCGGAUGAGUCGGCCACAAAGCCAAACUGUCAUGUCCAGUUUUGUGUUUCGGCUUUCAAUUACACGCAUCCCGAAGUGAAAUGUGUCAAUGUACCUGAUGGUCGACCAGUGUUUCUCAACCGUUGGGACGAAGGAAAGUUUCGUGUCUGUGUCCACUGUUAUAACUCCACAAAGCCCCCUCUCACCUGCUCCCUCAAGGGCAAGCCGACCAAUUUCCUUGUCGAAGAGUCCUCCGAAAGUGAAAAACGGCCGAAAAAGUCAUCACAAGGUCAGGACAAGCCUGAGGAAAGCUCGGAUUCUGAUUCGGACUCAUCGGACUCUGAACAUUCACCACAUCCCUCCCCUCGGAAACCUCGCCGGCCAGCCACCACAAGACGCUCUACAAGAGCUUCGGCUCCCAAGAAAUCGGUUUCUCCCCCCCCUCCCGAAAAAGGAAAAGGAAAGGGAAAAGAAAAAGCUCCCCCUGCAGCUUCCACGGCGAUUGGGUUCUCAAAUGCGCCACUGCAGGAACCGGUAGGACCGAAGGACAAGCGUAGGACUGCUAGGGGAGGCACUGUCGCAGCUGGGGCUGCUGCAAAAUCCCAUCCGAAAUGGGUUGUCAGACCUUCUCCGAAACCCCUCACCGAAGCGCCUACGUCUGCUAGAGAGCAAACUCGUUCGGAGGGAGAAACAGAACUUUCUUCUCCAGCUGGUCCUACUCUUGUUCAAGAUUCCAGCUUGGGUCAAGAGGAUGGAGAAGAAAGACCUCAACCGGAACAAUCUACAGCCCGAAAUGAAAGGCCACGAUUCCCUCCCCGCCCUCCAAAAUUUGCCGAUGUUGUUCCCGAAAAGGAACCCUCCGAAACCGCCCCCCCCGUUUUCUCUGCAGGUUUGCCAGCUGGGAUCUCUCCCAUACUUGUCCGAAGUAGUCCUGUUCAUCCUCCUGUGAACAAGCGGGCCCUGGAGGAUGUAAACGAGUCCCAGCCCGAAACGAAACGAGCUCGUCCGUUCUGUUACAACCUGAGAGCUAGGCAGUGA